AUGUCCACCCCGCGUCCUGCCAUCCCACCUACAAACGUACUGAGGGACCACCUUUCUAAAGAACCUUCCGGCUCCCCAUCGCCGUCGUCGAACUCUCCACGACCACCUCCGACACCGCUGCUUCGCCGUCGCUCAUCCCUCAUCUCAUUCUCCAGCCUGGAGGGUCUCGCCGGAGACUACAUCAACCCACGCACCAGCAAUGCCACUAGCACGCGAGAGGAGAACGAAGUCACGCACUGGCAUUCGUCGCCAUUGAUAUUUGCUAUUCUCCCAGCCAUUGGAGGCCUGUUCUUUAAAGAUGGGUCGGCAUUCAUCACCGACUUCCUGCUUCUGGCGCUCGCCGCCGUUUUCUUGAAUUGGAGCAUCAGUUUACCAUGGGAUUGGUACUACUCUGCACAAGCUAUACGACAGCAUGUCGAACCUAGUGCAGGUGACGUGGACUUUAACGAUGAAUCGGCCAUGGACACAGCAUCAGACUCGGCGGGCAGCUCUCCCAAAGGGCAGGAUGACCACAAAAAGCCUACACGCAAUGCAGCCAGAGGAGAACAAGCAGCAGCGGACCUUCGCCGGCAGGAGAUCUGGGCAUUGGUCGCAACUUUCGUCUUCCCCGUCUUAGCAGCAUAUCUACUGCACGUUAUUCGUGCACAGCUCUCACGGCCUUCCACAGCGGUGGUUUCGGACUACAAUCUCCUCAUCUUCUUGCUGGCCGCUGAGAUACGCCCGUGCCGUCAGAUCAUCAGACUGGUUUCCAACCGCACUCUUCAUCUCCAGCGGACUGUAACGAGCAAUGACAACGACUUCUUGUCCGCUAAAUCCGACCAGUCCGAAAUCGACAGCCUCAAGUCGAGGCUUGCUGCCCUUGAGGCCAGAAGCACGGAACAGAACCCGGCCGCAGCCCAAAAGACAGAGCUCACGGAUCUUUCCACCGAGAUGCGUAAGCGCUAUGAGCCACGCCUUGAGGGGUUGGAGCGUGCCGUGCGGCGUUAUGAGAAGCGCAGUACGACGUUGGCCAUGAUGAUGGACCAGAGACUGCUCUCUCUAGAGACGCGGGUUCAGGACGCUUUAAGCUUAGCCGCGGUCGCUGCGCGAGAUUCUCAGCAUCACGGUGUGCUUCCCGCUGUUGUGGGUACGGUCACCAUGCCGAUGAGGAUGGCGUGGAAUUUAUGCAUGUGGCCGCUGAAGGCCGUCGAUGAGCUAUAUGUGAAGAUCAAGAACCUCCUUCUUGGACCACCUCCUGCGCGCGCUUCGAGGCGGAAGAGUGGCAGGCAGGACAGCGAGGAUAAAUUGCGAGAGAAGAUGAACGGUACGUCUCGAAAAGGAACAGCAGUGAGAUGA